AUGGAAGACAACUCCGACGCUACUCUCCGCCCUGGCUUUACCUUUCGCGCCAUGAACGUUAGACUUCCGUCAGCAAGGAAACUUUCCAUCGUCCUGCUCGCCACAUUCGCACUGUUCGCCGCACUCGCCUCUACCUCGUCCUUCGAAACAAUAACCGCGUUCGCAACCUCCGCUAUCAAACUAAUAACCUUCGCCCUCAAGUUCUUGCCCUCAUCUGGCAAAGUCCCUAUCCAGAUAUCGAAUGUUACGUUCAACUACAUGGCUAGCCCUGCAGACGGCGGGAACAUCACGAUAGACUUGCCGACUUGGGUCCACGGCAUAAUCCUCACAGUGGCACGGUGGCUAGACCAUUUGUUAAUGGCUCUGGCACAGGUUCUGGUACUGCACCUGAUCAUCUCUACCAUACUCCGCGGUGAGGCUGAGAAGAUGAAGGCGCUCGAGCGGGUCGCAUACCCUGCGCCUAUCGAUGCCCCAGGGCAUGGAGCCGAUGGAAUGCUUCUGGAUAAAAGAUCUUGGACAAGGGUUUCGAGAUUCGAGACGCCGUAUUCGACUACAAUUUACACGACAGUAGAAACCGCGGAAUUCAGGGAGAAAACGCAGAGACCGGUGGCGAGAAGAGCGCUGGCCUACCUACUACCCCUAUACCCACCACCAAACCAGCCCAAAACCUCCACCAUCCGUUUCACCAUCCAAGCCAUGCCCGACCAAAACCCUCCCGACAACACACGCGCUGCCCGCCACGCUGCUGAAAAAAGGUCCUGGAUCAUCAAAAUCUACUGUAUCAUUGCGUUUUUUGACUUGGGAAUUUUUGGCCUGUUCCCGAAUUGGUGGGCAGCGAAUAGUCUAGCGGUGGUGACCGCGUUGUUGUAUCUGGGGGUCCGUUAUUUGGCGAAUAUCGAUGCGGCAGCCCAGGAAGAUGAUGGAGAUGAUGCUAUUGAACUGCGAGAGGGUGUGGGACACAGUAUGGUUUCUGAAUAUAUGGCGGGAGAUGGUGAGGCGCGGGAUGAUGAUGGGGAAGGAUUGGAAGAUGGAGGGGGCGACGACGACAACAUCAACAACAAGGACAACAACGACGGUAACAACGACGGCAACAACAACACCGACAACGACGGCAACAACAACAAAGACGAUAGAAAAGACGAACAUAAAGAAGAGAAGCAAGAGGCAGACGACGAAGACAGAAAGAAGGCGGAAAGCAAAGACAUCCAAAACAUAGACACGUGCCAUAUCUAUGGAACUCGAACUAACAUCUAUGUAACGCAGGGUGGAAGCAUGCAUAUCCAUGUAGCGCCAGGCGGAACGUUCAACGUCAAUGUGCAUGAGGACGCAGCAGUGAUGGAGGCAGACCGGGAAGAGUAG